GUCACAGCGAAAAGAACUCUGUACUUUCACCCGGCGAAUAUUAUAUCGGCAAACCGAAUCAUGGAGCUCGAGAAAUCGCUGAAGCCCACCGUCACCUACCACCUGUUCUUGUACCGAGUGGAGCUGGCCCGUCGGAAUGCCCGGCAGCUGCGGCUUUCCCGCACCAAGAUCGAGAUCACGGACGAGCUCAUCUCCAAUACGGUGCGCAACCUGAAGACGUGCAGCAUGGACGACCUAAAGGCGGUCAACCGGGAGCUUCUGUUCAAGCGGAAACUGCGGAGCAACGUGUCCAAGCUGAAAAAGGAGGCCAAGCGGCAGCAGCGCGAGGAGAACCAGCCGAAACAGGAUUAGUG